UUUUGCACCACUCAUCAGAACUAAUAAGAGAGACAUAGAGAGCGAAGUAACAUUUCUUUAAAGAACACUCGAUUUGUAUUAGUAAUCAGUAAAGGAAAAUGACUGGGAACCUGGCUCACCUCACUCUGGCAUUUGGCCUUCUUGGCAAUAUUGUCUCAUUUAUGGUAUUUCUUGCACCAAUACCAACAUUUUAUAAAGUGUACAAAAAUAAAUCAACUGCAGGGUUUCAGUCAGCACCUUAUGUGGUGGGACUAUUCAGUGCCAUGCUUUGGAUAUAUUAUGCAUUGCUAAAGACCAAUGUUAUGCUUCUCAUUACCAUUAACUCAGUCGGUUGCUUCAUCGAAACCUUGUAUAUCUGUUUCUUUCUAUUCUAUGCACCAAAGAAAGCUAGGAUGGAGAGUUUGAAGCUAAUUGUAUUGCUAAUAGUCGUUGGCUUCGGAUUGAUUGUUGGCUUGACUCAGUUUUUUGCAAGUGGAGUUACUCGUGGCGUGAUAGUUGGAUGGAUAUGCCUUGUGUUCUCUUUAUGUGUUUUUGUAGCACCUUUGGGAGUUCUGCGACAAGUGAUUAAAACAAAAAGUGUAGAGUACAUGCCAAUUCUAUUAUCGGUAGCACUUACCCUCAGUGCAGUUAUGUGGUUCUUUUAUGGUCUUCUUCUUGGUGACUUCAAUAUUGCGAUUCCAAAUGUGCUUGGAUUUACCUUAAGUAUUAUUCAAAUGAUACUAUACUACAUGUACAAGAACAAGAGGCCCGUUUCCGAUGAAAAAAUGUCCGAGUUUGAAGCUAAAAAAUAUCCUGUUGGUGAAAUGGAGGAGAAAAAGAUCCAAGAAAUAGUUGACCACAAAACAAUAGAUGUUUUGAAGCUAACCGCUUUAAUUUCUUCUGAUAUUCUUCCGGUUGUGACGAAACUCAAAGAAAAUGGACAUGAAGCGGGUCAUGUAGCCGUUGAAACUCAAGCUCACCCAAAUGUGCCUAAUCACAUCGUUGAAGUCACCGCAUGAUGAGAUAUAUGUAUAUACCUUCUCAUUUUGAUUUAGAAAAAUCAAAUACGUAUGGGUGUUGAUCUUGCAUAUAUUUGUAUUUUUCUUCAAUGAAGUUAGUGAAUGUAAACCUGCCUGAGCUUACAAAAUUUAUGUCAUUAAUUAUCCUUCUUUUUUUUU